UGGAACACAAUACGUCGAAGCUUUUUAUUGAAAUUCCGUGAUUAUCUUGAGGAUAGUAUACAGAUUAAAAUUCCUGGUUUGUAUUCGAUCCAGUUGCCUGAUAACCAGUAAAAGCAGUUUACAUCAUGCAAGCUCUGUUGCGCGUCGCCCGCAGCGCUGUUGCCGCGCCGGCUCUGAAGAUGCCCAGCGCAGCUGCCUUCUCGUCCUUCGAGGUUGCAUCCCGCGGCUUCCCCGCGCAACAAGCGCCGGUCCGCCCGCCCAUUCUCUUCCAAGCGGAUGAUGCCCUGGAUGCCGUGUUGGAGAACCUCCGCUUGUCGUCUGAACCCAUCAUUGGCAUGCAACUGCUAGGUAGAAACUCCCGCAAGCCCAAGAAGGCCAACCACGGCAAGCGUCCUUGCUCGCACGUCCGCCGCCGCUCCAAGCGAUUGAAGUAAGCGCGAGAUCAACGUCGAGCGCGUUGCUACUAGACAAACAGACGCCCAUACCUAUCAUCAAUACACUGCGGUUUAUAUAUAUGCCAUUCCAAGGCUACUUACUCUUGGUGCAUUAUCCGAUGAUGACUGCUACUCCUACUCCAGUCGUCGUCUUCACUAUGGGCAGGCAUGUAAUACGCUAUCGCUUCUUCGAGCAGUUCCUGGUGCAGUGGCGGCGGCGGCUUGAACUGGAACGGCUCGAGGAGGGUCAUGGUGACCUUGACGACCUCUUGCAGUUGCUUGAGUUGCGCGUCGAGGCCGCUGAGAGUCGCCUUGAUCUCCUCCACAUCCCUUCGUAACUCGUCGACCGCUUCGACAGCGUCAUGAUUGAACGCUUCAUUCGAAUGGUUGGUCUUCCGCUUGAUGCGGCGCAUGAGGUGGGGCUUGUGCUGGACGAAGUGGACGUGUUGGAAGACCACACUGGUGGCCACGUCCGAGACCUUGGCGCCUUUGACAAACCCGUAGAAGUUGAGCUGUCGGACAAAGCUCGUGUACUUGCUGUGCUUGAAGUACUGGGGCAGGACCAACCGGGCAAACUCGAGCGGCGCGGAGAUCUCGAACGCACUCCCGCCGUGGCACCAUCCGCCUAGGAAGGACGGCAUCGCAUGUAGCAUGUCGAACAGCUUCUGCAGGAACAUGGGCGCGGACGACUUCAUGUUGAAAG